AUGAGUGGCUACGGCUGCGGCUAUGGGCGCAGUGACGCUAUAUCCCCGGCAUCUGACCUUUCGUCGUGCAGCAGUGCCUCUUCAGGGGCAUGGUGUGGAUCUACUUGGCGGGAGAUUCCACCCUACUCCCAGUACCCAGCUUAUUGGCCAACGAGUACCGUGACUGAGGAUGCGAGGGAACUACAACGUCGCUGUGCUAAGUGUCGCUGUCCUAACUGUCUUACUGAAGCCGCCGGUUUUGGGCCGAACUACGGAAAGGACGGUGCAAAGCGCGAACACGUGUGUCACGUUCCUGGUUGUGGAAAAGUAUACGGGAAAACAUCUCACCUCAAAGCCCACCUACGUUGGCACACCGGUGAACGACCGUUUGUGUGCAACUGGCUAUUCUGUGGAAAGCGCUUCACGCGCUCGGAUGAGUUGCAACGCCACUUACGCACACACACGGGAGAAAAGAGGUUUGCGUGCCAGCUAUGCACUAAGCGAUUCAUGCGUUCCGACCAUCUCGCGAAGCAUGUCAAGACUCACGCAAAUGGCUCCAGAAAAGCCAAGAAGCCCAAAGAGGAUGAAAAAAUUGAAGUGAAAGUCGCUGAAGAAAAAUGUGAACAGCCGGUACAAGUAAGAAGUGAAACUAAUGUUCCAGUGUCAUCUAAUAUCGGGAGUUCGAACUAUGGAACAGUGCCAGUUGCGAGUGCGCCGAAACAAAUGUUAAAUUACGCAUCAUCUGCGCCUCACGUCUCUAAUACGAAUAACUUUCAUAGCGGCGCAAUGUUCAGCAACGGUGUUGUUUAUGGCACUGGCUGGUGUACGGAUGUCCGUCAAGAUACAUUAUACAGCCGAUCGCCGGCCAGAGAUCCCCGCUUUUACCAGCAGUAUGCACCGUUAUCCGCUUAUCAAUGUGCUUCUAAAGACAACUAUAUGUUCCAAGGACAUUAUAGCCUACAACCGCCAGUUGCCAUCGGCCAAUAAUAUAAGUGUUCUGUAUUACGCUACGUGUUAAAGACAAUAUGUUUUAGUUUAAUAUGUUUACACUUAGUUAUUGUUAAGUUACCAAUUACAAUGUGAAUGUGAUGUGCCUUCAUAAAUGAAUGUUAUUUUUGU